UCCUGCCUCCCCCUGGCCGCCGCCUCCCGCCUCCGCCCGCCCUGCGCGCUCCGUCCAGCCCGGGAGCCCCGGGAGCCCCGCGAUGCUCCGCCGCCGCCUGCCCCUGCUCGGGCCCUGGCUGCUGCUGCAGGCGGUGUGUGCUGGGGGCCACAUUGCCAAGACCCUGGGGUACCUGGAGCUGGGCACCUCCGGCCUCCUCAAGGAUGUUCCCUAUGGCACCCUGAAGCCUCCGGUGCUCGACCCUGGGCGGCUGAUUCCAGCUGAGCCCCCGCGGGGCGCAGGGAGCCCCUGGGACUGGCAGAAGAACCAGACCACGGGGGAGCUGCUGAGCCCCCGCGCUCGCCGCAAGCCCUCGCUCAAAUCCGGCCGCACCAAGAAGAUCUUCGGAUGGGGCGACUUCUACUUCAACAUCAAGACCCUCAAGUUCAGCCUGUUGGUGACGGGCAAGAUCGUUGACCACAUCAACGGCACCUUCAGCGUCUAUUUCCGACACAACUCCUCCAGCCUGGGCAACGUCUCGGUCAGCAUCGUGCCCCCUUCCAAGGCCGUGGGGUUUGAGGUGCUGGUGCCGGCCCCACCGCCGCUUUCCCUCCCAGCCCCGCAGCAGAGCACCCUGCCCGAGGGGCGCCCGGCCAAAGCCCUCAAUUGCCACGUGGAGUACGAGAAGACGAACCGGGCGCGGAAGAACAAGCCCUGCCUGUACGACCCGUCCAAGGUGUGCUUCACCGAGCACACGCAGAGCCACGCCGCCUGGCUCUGCGCAAAGCCCUUCAAAGUCAUCUGCAUCUUCAUCUCCUUCCUCAGCAUCGAUUACAAGCUGGUCCAGAAGGUCUGCCCCGACUACAACUUCCAGCACGAUAACCCCUACUUUGGCUGAUGGCUGCGGGAAGGGGCGGUGGGCACCAGAGAUGGAGGCAGAGGGGGACCAGUCCUGGCUGCACAGUGCCCCCCAUUGCUGCCGCACCGACCUCCCCUUCC